AUGUUUUUAUUUGGGAUGAAGCACCAAUGGCUUCUUGGUGGUGAUUUCAGACAACUCCUUCCUGUAAAGGAAAAUGGUACUCGAGCUGAAUGUUUAAAUUUGUCAAUAAAAUUUAGUUCUUUGUGGAAACACUUUGAAAAAUUUACUUUAUCACAAAACAUGAGAACUUUACCUCAAGAAAUUGAAUUUUCUGAAUUUUUACUUAAUGUAGGCAAUGGUUUGUUAAACGACUCUGAAGACUGUAUUCAAAUUCCUAAUCAAUGUAUUGCACCCACAGAAACAGAUAUAGUUAUAGAUACAUUUGGUGACCUUUUACAACGAAAUGAAUAUAAACUAGCUACAAAAUGUGCAAUUCUAUCUGCAAGAAACAUUGAUGUACAAGAAUUAAACAUAAAAGUAGUAGAGUUAUUAGAUGCAACAACCGAAAAAAUAUAUACUAGCGUCGAUAGUACAGAAAAUUGUAAUGAUAACGGUGCUAUUACAGAAGCUUUAUUACCAGAAUACUUAAAUACUUUGUCACCUACUUCUCUUCCGCCUCAUGAAUUAUGUUUAAGAAAAUAUUCUAUAAUUAUGCUUAUUCGUAAUCUAAGUAUCAAUGAAGGACUUUGCAAUGGAACACGAUUGUUAAUUUUAGAUUUAGGAAAACAUUUACUUAAAUGUGAAAUAUUAACAGGUGACAAAUCAGGAGAAGUAGUGUUUUUAAAUCGCAUUACACUUUAUUGCGAAAAUGAAUAUCCUUUUUCGUUUAAAAGAAGACAAUUCCCAAUAAAAUUGGCAUUUGCAAUGACGAUAAAUAAAGCGCAAGGUCAAACAUUUGAAAAAAUUGCAGUAGAUUUAAGAAAAGAUGUUUUCACUCACGGUCAAGGAUAUGUAGCAUAUUCACGUGUUAAAUCAUGGGAAACUCUUAAAAUAUUUAUUGGCGACAGGCCUAAUAAAAUAAAAAAUUUCGUUUAUACAGAACUAUUUGAAUGA